GGGGGGACCCGUAGCCACAGUCUCCGCCGGCGUCCGUAGCCGGGAAACCAGACGUCCAGUGCACCAGGUUGAGGUCCGCGAUGUCGGGUGAGGAAGCCCGGCACAGGGCAGAGUCCUCCGAGGCCCGUGCGGCCGCGGUCAGCGACAUCCAGGAGCUGAUGCGACGCAAGGAGGAGAUCGAGGCACAGAUUAAAGCUAAUUACGACGUCCUGGAGAGCCAAAAAGGAAUUGGGAUGAAUGAGCCGCUGGUGGACUGUGAGGGCUAUCCCCGGGCGGAUGUGGACUUGUACCAGGUCCGAACAGCAAGGCACAACAUCAUCUGUCUACAGAAUGAUCACAAGGCAGUGAUGAAACAGGUGGAGGAGGCCCUGCACCAGCUGCAUGCUCGGGACAAGGAGAAGCAGGCCCGGGACAUGGCUGAAGCCCAAGAAGAGGCUAGGAGCUGCAGGCUAGGCUCCAGCAGCCCCAUCCUGCCUCAGGCCUUCGCCAAAGUGAACAGCAUCAGCCCUGGUUCCCCAGCCAGUAUUGCGGGCAUGCAAGUGGAUGAUGAAAUUGUGGAGUUCGGCUCUGUGAACACCCAGAACUUCCAGUCGCUGCAGAACGUGGGCAGCGUGGUACAGCAUAGUGAGGGGAAACCCCUGAAUGUGACAGUGAUCCGAAGAGGGGAAAAACACCAGCUCAGACUCAUUCCAACACGCUGGGCAGGAAAAGGACUGCUGGGCUGCAACAUUAUUCCUCUCCAGAGAUGACUGUCCCCAGGGCCCUGCAGGAAAGCUUCUUCAGUUGGGUCCUGCUCCUGGGCCUGGGAGGCUUUCCUCAUUCUCUUCGUUCCCUGAAGUGUAAGGACCUGGAAGAGAGUGGGUGAAGCAUGGUCAUCAAGGUGGAAGAGAUGCUUCAGCUGCCUGGUGUAAUCUCUUUCUUUGCAUUGAGGGAUUAUUAAAAAUAUGAUUUCUACCUA